UACUACUUGCCUGCUACUGCAUCCAUCCAUCCAUGGAGACGGACCGGAGCAGUCUGUCUCACCUCGGUAGUAGUAUAGGGAAGCGGAGCGAGGUCAGAGGCGACAACGACGUGUGUACUGCAUGCCGGCUGCCGUCCGGGCCCGAGCCAGAACUCGAAAUUCUAUAGCGGCCGGCCACGGCAGCUCAAAACCGGGGGAGAUUUCACGGCCUCGGCUUCCCGUUCCCACGCCCCACGCGGCCACCCACCCGGCGCCUGGCUUCUUUAUUCCGCUCCCCGCCAGCAUCACAUGCCAUUGCCAACCUCUCCUCCCUGCUCGCACCGAGGCCUCUCCCUCUCCACCUGCUGCUGCUCCUCCGGAGCCCUGACCGCGAGGGGAGGGCGCUGAGCUACCACGGAAGCCGAGGCCGAGGGCGGGUCGGUCAACGCUUGCUGUCCAGCCGAGGAAGCUAGGGGCCAAGGAGGAGCUAGGAGGGUCGAGGACGGACAUGCUAGCGCCGGCGCUGGCCGUCUAGGAAGCUCGCUCGCCGCAGCGGCAAUGGAUGGGCGGAGGAGGGGCGGCGGCGGACCUGCGGCGGGAGCGGUGGGAAGGCUGCUGCUGCUGCUGCUGCUUCUCGCCUCGCUGUGCGCCCGCUCCAGUGGGCUCAAUGCCGACGGGGUGCUCCUCAUGGCCUUCAAGAACGCGGUCACCGCGGACCCGCUGGGCGCGCUGGCCGGCUGGAGCUACAGCGACGCCGCGCCGUGCGCGUGGAACGGCGUCGUCUGCAACGGCUUCCCGCAGCCCGACGCCUCGCCGGCGGCGGUCAACGUGACCUCGGCCUCCGUCGACGGCAACUCCGCUCCCGCGCCCGCGCCCAACGCGGGUGGCGGGCUCGGCGCGUCGCUGGCGGCGGCCACGGUGUCGCGGGUCAUCAGCCUGGUCCUCCCCAACGCGCAGCUCUCGGGCACGCUGCCGCCGGACCUCGGCCGCGUCGACCACCUGCGCCACCUCGACCUGUCCGGGAACAGCCUCGGCGGCGGCCUGCCGGCCACGCUGCUCAACGCCACGGAGCUCCGCGUGCUCUCGCUCGCGGGCAACGCCAUCUCGGGCGAGCUCCCGGACGCCGCGGCCUACGCGCGCGGCCUCCAGGAGCUCAACCUCUCGGGCAACGCGCUCGCGGGCCGCCUCCCCGCCGCGCUGUGUAGGCUGCCGAGCCUCGUCGUGCUGGGGCUCGCAGGCAACCGCCUCGGCGGCGAGCUCCCCAUCGGGGGCCUCGGGACGUUGCAGCUCGUUGACCUCAGCGGCAACGGCUUCAACGGCUCGCUCCCGUCGGACUUCGGCGGGGCACGGCUGCGCCUGCUCAAUGUCUCGUCGAAUAAGCUCGCUGGCGCGGUGCCGACCGAGCUGGCCGCGCUCGUCCCCGCGAACGCGACGGUGGACCUGUCGCGGAACAACUUCACCGGCGCGAUCCCACAGGCCGGCCCGUUCGCCGCGCAGCCGGCGGCGGCGUACGAGGGCAACCCGAACCUGUGCGGGCCGCCGCUCAAGCAGGCGUGCUCCAUCCCGUCGUCGCUGUCCAACCCUCCCAACGCCACCGACUCGCCGCCGGCGUUCGCGGCCAUCCCCAAGAACCCCGCUCGUGCCCCGCCGGGAACCCCGGGUCAGCCGCCGAGCGAGCAGGAUAAGCUUCGUCCCGCGGCCAUUGUGGCCAUCGUCGUCGGGGACAUUGCUGGCGUCGGGCUCCUCUUCAUGCUGUUCAUGUACGCGUACCACGUCAGGAAGAAGAGGCGGCAGCGUCGGGAGCAGGAGGAUCCAACGCCGCCGAUGCAGCUGAAGAGCGCGAGAGGAUUCGACGGCGGGGUCAAGACGCUUGACAUCGCCGGAGGCAAAGAGGAGAAAGCGUCGACGUCGACGGGGUGCUGCAUUGGCCGCAGGAACGACGGCUCGGACAGCUCCGAGUACUCUGCGUCAUCGGACGGCGAGUCCGACGACGAGGAGGACCUCAAAAAGAGAGGGAGCUUCAUCGGCCGGAGCACCCCGCAGGAGCAUGGCGGCAGCAAGAAGCACAGUCUGCCCCAGCAGCAGCAGGCAGCCCCCGCGCCUGCGACGCUGGUGACGGUCGACGGCGACGGCGAGCUCGAGAUGGAAACGCUGCUCAAGGCGUCGGCCUACAUCCUCGGCGCCACGGGCUCGAGCAUCGUGUACAAGGCCGUGCUCGCCGACGGCACCGCGCUGGCCGUCCGCCGCAUCGGCGAGAGCGGCGGCGCCGAGAAGCUCAAGGACUUCGAGGCGCAGGUGCGCGCCGUCGCCCGGCUCCGGCAUCCCAACAUCCUCCGGCUGCGCGGCUUCUACUGGGGCGCCGACGAGAAGCUCCUCAUCCACGACUACGCCCCCAAUGGCAGCCUUGCCAACAUCGCAUUCAGCAGGCGGUUCGGGUCGUCGUCGCCGCUGCACCUGAGCCUAGAGGCGCGGCUGCGGAUCGCGCGCGGCGUGGCGCGCGGGCUGGCGUACAUCCACGAGAAGAAGGGCGUGCACGGCAACCUGAAGCCGAGCAACAUCCUGCUGGGCGCGGACAUGGAGCCCUGGAUCGGGGACCUCGGCCUGGACCGGCUGCUGUCGGGCGAGGCGGCGUCGCACUACCGCGCGGGCGCGUCGGCGCGGCUGUUCGGGAGCAAGCGGUCGAUGCACUCGACGAGCAGCCUGCCGGACCUGUCCCAGAUGCCCGGGCCGGGCGCGAGCCCCUGCGGGUCGGCAUCCGCGGCUGCGGCUGCGGCGGCGUCGUCGUCGUCGGCCCCGGCGCCGUACCAGGCGCCCGAGUGCCUGAAGAACCUGCGGCCCACCGCCAAGUGGGACGUGUACGCCUUCGGCAUGGUGCUCCUGGAGCUGCUCUCCGGGCGGGUCUACUCGGAGGUGGAGCUGUGCCAGUGGCACGCGGGGCUGGUGGCCGCCGAGGAGCACGGCCGCGUGCUCCGGAUGGCCGACCCCACGCUCCGCGGCGAGGCCGACGGCAGGGAGGACGCGCUGCUGGCGUGCUUCAGGAUCGCCUUCGCGUGCUGCGCCAUGGCGCCCGGCAAGCGGCCCUCCAUGAGGGACGCCGUGAUGGUGCUCGAGCGAACCACGGCCGGCGCCGCCGCGAGCGGCAGUGCCGCCGCCGUUCCCUGAGGGGAACGAAAAAAAAACUGACCUUGUAGUGAGUGCUUGUAGUCGUUACUGAUCACAAUAAUCUUACUGCAAGUGCAAGGACGGUGGCGGUGAUCACCGGCGGCGAGCUUGUUUGUUAGGGCGUGUACGUAGAUCUGUCACUAAUUUUGGAGGUACUGCGACUGCGAGAAUUAAUUAACCUACUAAUCCUCUGUGUUUUGUGUUUGCGUUUGUGAUCGUGAAUUUGAAAGCCAUGCAUAUGCUGAUAUGCAUAUUAAUUCCUUUU